UGGUAUGUUUAUCAGUACCGUAUGUCUUUCAGCAACCAUUCAUAAAUCUAUAUCUGUUAGUAUUCGUAUAUCACUCAGCAACAAUAUUAUCAUAUCACCAUAUGAUGUCUAUAAUAUCACUAUGUCUAUUAAUAAUUAUACAUCUAUCAGUAACUACUUGUUUAUCAGUAAUUGUGUUCCUAUCAAUAUUUGCUAUUCAAUAUCAUCCGUAUUUUUAUCUGUAACUAUAUAUAUAUAUAUAUAUAUAUAUAUUAUCAGUAACUGUAUGCCUAUAAAUAAUCAUACGUCCAUAUUCUAUUGGUAGUCCUCUAUCUGCUAAUAAUUGUUAUCAGCAACCGCAUGUAUCUAUCAGUAAUUGUAUAUGUAUCAGUAACUGAAUGUCAGCUACUAACCGAAUGUUUAUCACCAACUGCAUGUUUA